GUCCGAACAAGUCCAAAAUUAAAACAUGGCCCAAAAUCUUAAAAUCCCAAAUGAACGUACUCCAAGACAGCAAGGGGAAGACUGGAAGAGGUAGCGGUUCGCAAAGUACUGCAUCGGCAAAACCCCUAAAUCCCAACCUAGCAAUUUAACGGCGUGUAACGGACAGCGCUACCCUCAAUCGUCAGCACUCGGAGCGUCGGACAGCGCUAAGCACUCGGACUGUCGGGCGACAGUCGGCGUGUAACGGCGGCGGCGCACGUCGGUUUAGUUUCUUCCCUGCGGAACUGCCCAGUGCCCAAGUCCUAACGGGCCCCUCCUCAACCCCAAAGCUAGAUCCGCCCCUGCAAGCAACAUCGCAUUCAUCAUUUGUCGCUCAGCCUUUUGCCCUUACAAAUCACAUAAUUGUUGUUUGAGCCAAUACAGUUUUAGCCUCAAUCAACCUGCCUGAUGGCUUCUUUGGAUAUGACACUUGAUGAUAUGAUAAAGAGCAGACGUAAUAGUGAGAGAAGUCAGAAAAGUCGGGGACGAGGCAGACCACAACGUGGAAGAGGGGCCAGUGGAUCAUUUAGAGGUGGAAGACGUGCUGGAGUUCCUCCUGGUCGAGGUGCUCUUGGUGUUAAUGCCAGACCAUCAGCCCACACCAUUGCCAAGUCUUUCCGCAGGGUGAAAAAUUUGCCUUGGCAGAACGGUUUGUUUGAAGAUAGCCUUAGAGCAGCUGGAGUAUCAUCUGGAUUUGAAAGUGGUACAAAGUUGUAUGUUUCCAACUUGCACCACAAUGUGACCAAUGAAGAUAUAAGGGAACUCUUCUCGGAGAUCGGAGAAUUGGUAAGGUAUGCCAUCCACUAUGACAAGAAUGGCCGUCAAAGUGGUUCUGCUGAGGUUGUUUUUGUGAGAAGAACUGAUGCAAUCCAAGCAUUAAAAAAAUACAACAAUGUACAAUUGGAUGGAAAGCCUAUGAAGAUUGAAGUUGUUCCAACCAACCCGCAAGUUCCCUUGUUACCUCUUGUGAAUGUUGUUGGAACGAAGAAUGGGAAGAGGACAGUUGUCAUGAAUAGGGGUCAAGGAUCUGUAAGGCCUAGAAGAACUGGUGCUCCUCUUGCUACUAACUGGGGUUCUGGGCAAAGAGGCCGAGGUGGACGUGGUGGUCGUGGCCGAGCUGCUGCUGGUCGUGGCAGAGCUGCUGGGGGUGGUCGUGGACGUGGAGGAGCAAGGAAGAAGGGUGGUGUUGAGAAGUCAGCCGAUGAACUUGACAAGGAGCUUGACAGCUACCAUGCUGAAUCCAUGCAGACUUGAAUAUACCUCGCCCCGGCUACAAAGUCAAACCUCUCUAAUCAGUGGAUCCCCCGUCUUUAUAUGAUUCAAGUUAUCAGUGUUUUUGUUCUGUGGUGAUUAUUACUGAUUGUUGAUGAAUUGAUGUUGCGAGAAGGAUUCUAGACGUUUGUUUUCUAAUCUUUGCCAAGUUUUAUCAUUAUUCGAAUUGGAAUGAUGUGCAUAUUAUAUUAGUUUCCCUAACUCAAGAGUUAAGAGUGGUGAGUUUCUAAUUUUUGCUUGUACUCCAUAGUACUAGUAUUAUACCCGUGCAAUGCACGGUGAAAGUACAAUCUUAAAAUCUUAUAAUCCUCAAUGAGGGUUAGGGCAUUUUAGGACUGAAAAUUGUGUUGGUGUAAUCAUUUGCUUUAUUGAAUGGUACAUUGUGUUUUACUUUGUGUACUUUUAAA